UUUUUAUAUCAAACAUCAAAUGGCAAUCACUAAAGUAGUUAGUAGAAACAAAAUGUGGGAAAAAAAAACACCAGAAACUAUCGUGAUAGAAGAGGAUCCAGACUUAGUUUUUCAUCCAAUCGAUUUGACAAUGGAUGAAUUUUUAGACACGAUCAACAAAAAAACGCAAAAUAAUCCUAGCAUAGAGAUUAAAGAGAAAGGAACAGCGACCAAAAAUACCGAUUUUCAAGUAAAUAAAACAAAAAAGAAAAAGAGCAAAUACAAGCUAAAAAGAAAUAGAGAAAGAAAAAUUAAUUUUUUAGCAAAAAAAAUACAAGAAGACAUUGAAUAUUUAAAUCAUCAUUGUAAAUAAUUUUUUUAUUAUAAUAAAAUAUAUUGUUUAUUUCUUUUUUCUUUUUUUUAACGCUGCAUUUCUUUCGUGUUUUCGAUUAACGUAAGCUUCGUUUGAUAUUUUCCAUCGUUUUACUUUUUUACCAACGCGUCCUAAUUUACGAUUAGAUUUGUUAUCUUUAUAUGUUUUUUUAGUUUUUCGUAAACAUACUAAUAUAUUUUUACAAUUGCUUGGUAUCCCUCUAUUUUCUGUUUGCGUUUGUUGCGAGUUUGUUGUAGUACGUACAAAAUCAAUUUGAUUAUUUAAAUAAUUAUCUACAGUUUUUUUUGAUCUAGGUGUAUAUCUUGUGCGAGGCAUUUUUUUAAUAUUUUUUUUGUUGUUAAAAAAAUAUAUAUUUAUAUAAUAUCAUUUUUUUAAUUUUUUUACAGAUUUAAUUAUAUAAAAUAAAAUGAGUGAAAAUGAAUUAACAAAUAUCUUGGCAUUCUAUCUUGAAGCCUAUUGGCAACAAUUUGCUAAUUAUUUGAACAUGCAUCGCUGUGUUAUUGAUGCCAUUGACAACGAUUACAAUAGAAGUUAUUUAAAAAUAUGUCGAGUCAUUACGCUAUUUUUUCAAGUUAAUCCAGAAGAAAAAUUUAAUCCGCAAUUUAUAUUAAAAACAUUACAAAGAUGGUUAAUUGACGAACAACAAAAAAAUAAUUUUAAAUUAAUAAACAAUUUAAACGAAUUAAUUAAUAAAGUUAAAAAUUUUGUAGAAGAACCCAUGGAAUAUUAAUUUUUUUACAUUGUAUAACAUGUUGUAAUUUUUUUUUAGAUUAACUAAAAAUAAUGGAAUCCAUUUAUGCAAAAGUUAACGAAGCCAUCUACAAAUAUGGUAAACCUGUAAUGAAUACAGAAUUUGUUAUGAAGUCAUACGAAGCCAUAUUUGUGGAUGGCAACUCGAUUUUUAAUUUAAAAAACGUAGACAUUAUAGAUGAAAAGGAGGACUAUGAGAUGGCCGAUGACAAUGAAUACGAUGAUAGCGAUGAAUACGAUGAUGAUGACGAUGACGAUGACCACAAUGAAUAUUUGUAUAAUGGCGAUGAAUACGAUAAUGAUGAUGGCGAUGAAUACGAUAAUGAUGAUGGCGAUGAAUACGAUAAUGAUGAAUACGAUGACGAUGACCAAUGGAAACAAUGGAACAAUGAACCUAUGGAAAUAGACAAUUAAAUUAUUUUGUAUUUUUUUUAUUUUUAAUGUCCCUUUAGUUUUGAGUGUUUUAAGAAAUUUAUUUUCUCAAAGCAGCCAAAACUAAAGGUAUAAAAAAUAAAAAAAAACAAUGGAUUGGAACUUUUUUUAAUGUUCCUUUAGUUUAGACUAUCCUUAAAAAUUUAUUUUCUAAGGGUAGCCAAAACUAAAGGUAUAAAUAAACUUUUGUUUACAAUUAUUAUGAAUAUGAGAUUGUUUUAUAUAUUCAAUACAUAAAACAAUUUCGUAUUCAUAACAUUGUAACAUAUUUUUACUGAGCAGAUGCAAUCAAAUAUGUCGAUUUAUUGCUCUCCGACCAAAUAUAUAUUGGAAUUUUUUUUAUAACUUGUAUUUUUUUUUGCUUUCAAUAAUAAAUAUUUUUUGAUAAUAUGUUUGUCUAUAAUUUUUACCCAUAAUAUUAUAUAAUAUUACCCAUAACAUUUUUUUAAUACUAUUAAUACUUUUUUUAGCAACUAAUUAUACAAAAAAAAAAUGGCUGAAGCUAUGGAAAAAGAAUUAUGUUAUUAUUGCAAAUUACCCUUUACUAUUGAUCAAUUACUAAAUCAUCAAUUAAAAUGUAACACAUCACAAGAUUAUGAUUGUUUUAGCUGCGGAAAAAAAAUUAAAUUGUCAGAUACUUGGGAACAUGAAUGUGAAAUUUAUCACGAGGAACGCGUAGAAAGAAAUCAAACUAAAUUAUGUGUAUUUUGUGGAAAUCAAAUUCAAAAAAACUACUAUGAUCAACACGCUAUUGAUUGUUUACAUCGUUUUGAAAAUGAAUGGAAAGAAGUAAUGGAGAAACAAAAAAAUAUUAUUAUGGAUCAAAAACAAAGUUUAACUUUUUUAAACAUGACUAAUAAUAACAUUCUAAACAGUUUAGCAACUGUCAACAAACAAAUAAACGCAUUAACUAAACGAAUGGACAACAUGGGUUUGGAAAUAAAAGAGUUUGUGAAUAAAAACACAUUUGAAAAAAUAUUGAACAACGUCAGCUUGGAAAUGAAAGAAUUUGUGAAUAAAAGCACAUUUGAAAAAGAAUUGAAACUAUAUGAUAAUAUAUUAAAUUAUAAUAAAAAUAUCAACGACAAAUUCAUGUCUGAUAAUUUAAUUAUAGAAUUGGACCAAAUGGAUUUAAGAUUGCAAUCUAACGAAGCUUAUCAUACUCAACCUUCUUAUACUGUAGAUGGUUAUUUCUAUCGAUUUAAAAUUUUUGGUUACAGUAAUCAAGAAGAUAAAAUGGGUAUUUAUUUUCAAUUGAUACAGUCUCCAAAAGAUCAUUCUUUAAAAUGGCCGUUCAUGAAAACUGUAACAUGUACAGUUAAAAACGAAUAUAUUGAAAACACAAAAAUAAUAGCCAAUUAUAGCGAACCGUUAAAAGAAUGUUUUGAAAAACCUGCUCAAGCUUAUAACCGAGCUAUUGGAACAGAUAGUUUUAUAACCCAUGAACAAUUAAAAAAAUUUUAUAUAAAAAACAAUAAACUUAUUAUUCACGUUUCUUUUAUAUAAUUUAUUAUGUAUUUUUUUGUAUUUAAUUAAUCAUAUAAUUAAUAAACUUAUUAUACACGUUUCUUUUAUAUAAUGUAUUUUUUAUAUUUUUUUUAUAUAACAUUAUAUUUUUUUAGAAUAUUAAAAAAAAUGAACAGUGCAAUCAUGAGAGAUAUAGCUGACUACAUCACUACGUCUGAUGUAAAAAAAAUUAAAAUGUUUUUAGAAAUACCUUACGGUAUAAGAGAGAAAAUCAAAGAUGGACUAGAUUUAAUGGAAUAUUUACAAUACAAAGAUUUCGUGUAUCAAAACUAUGAAUACAAUACUAACGAAGCUAAAAUCAAACUUAUUUUAAAUUUGUUAAAUGAAAUCGGUAGAAAGGACAUCUAUAAAAAGUUUAUAGUUAAAUUUGAAAAUCCGCCAUCAUACGAAGAAAGUGUUAAUCCUCCACCGUAUGCAGUACUGGAUAAUCGAGACAGAUCCAAUAUAGAUUUUCCAAACUUUAAAGUAGCAGAUCCAUUUUUGGCAAUAAACGCACAAUGGAAAUAUACUGGAGGUAUACUGGAAAAUCGGAGUUUUUGUGCAGAAAACGCAAAAUGUAAUACUCCGUAUUAUCCGCCUGAAGUUAUUUGUUUAAAACAAAAAGAACUUUUGGACUAUUAUAAUAAAAAAUAAUUUUUUUAAAAAAAUUCUAACUUUUUUUUUUAAUUUGUAUAUUUUUUUAGCAAUGAAAAAAAAUCAAUUUAAUAACAUACUUAAUGAAUUACACGAAUUUGAUUCGAUGAAGCAAAACAAGUUAAAAGAAUGGAAUUUCAACUAUGAUCUUGUUUUCAAUCUUGUUACAAAUGUUGAAACAUGGUCCUUAGAAGAUUUAUGUAAAAGAAAAUUAGCUUACAAAAAACUUUUGAACACUAUUAUACCAAAUUUACAAAAACAAAUUAGAGAUUUAUUGCAUACGUAUUUAUAUGGAAACGAAAAAUUACCCUUCCUUCAUUACUAUUUUAACAAAAUGAAUGAUAUUUGGUUUGAUAACAUUAUUAACGAUAUUAACAAUGCCAAUGAUAAUUAUAAAAAACAUUAUUUAUUUGUUCAGAAAUUAAUUAUUCAUUAUGUUUAUCGAUUUUUUGAACAGGUUUAUAUAAUGUUACGUUAUAAAACUAAACAAGACAAAUUAAUUAUGUCAUCUCUUUUUAAUAUUUAUAUGCAAUGUAUAGAUUGGUUAAUUGAACAAUGUAAAUUUGUUUAUGAUCCUCAUUUUAAACCUUGUUAUAUUUAUAAAUAUGAUUUUAUUUAGAAUGUUAAGAAAAAAUUUACUUAGACAUGCUAGAAUACAUCAUGAUUUAGAAGAAUUUUUUUCAAUAAAAGAAACCAUGGUGAAACAAUUGCAAAUUAAUAACUAUCAAAUAGGCUUUCAUGAUAAAUACUAUCGUGAAUGGACUUUGAAAGAUUUAUGUAAAAGAAAGUUAGCUUCUGAAAAACUACUACGAAUAGUCAUACCAAAGUUACGUAAACAAAUUAACAAUUUGAUGUAUUCGUUUUUUCAAAAUAAUCAAAAUAUUUUAUCACUAUAUUCUGUUUACAAAUCACACGAAGACGAUUGUUUUGAAUUAAUUGACAGACGUGCAUUAAUUAGACCGUUUUAUUUGAAUAUUCAAUUAUCCAUUGUUGAUAAUAUAUAUAAACUUUUUGUAAA